GAUCAGUUGAAGAAGGUGGGGUAUAUAUCAUGGCCGAGCAUCGUUUUGCGCAGAGCAUGCCGGUGGUGGCCAUGGUGGGGUUGCAGUUCAUCUACGCCGGCACGGCGCUGUCGGCGAAGGCGGCGAUGAAAGAGGGGCUGAGCCCCAUGGUCUUCGUCGUCUACAGGCAAGCCAUUGCUACUCUUGCCUUGGCGCCUCCCACCUUUUUCUCCACGAGGAGAAGGGGAGAUCAGAGGUCUAUGGGGCUGAAAGGAUUCACCUUGUUGUUUUUUGCAGCCUUUAUUGGUGUAACCACCAACCAAUUCUUCUAUUACCAAGGAUUGAAUUUGGCAUCAGCAUCCAUGGCGAGCAUAGUGAGCAACGUAACCCCUACCAUUACAUUUUUGAUGGCAGCUUCUGCAGGGUUGGAGAAGGUGGACAUGAAGAGCCCUGCGGGCGUUGCAAAAGUUUUUGGUACUGUUAUUUGCGUUGGAGGAGCAAUUUGUAUGGGAUCGUUCAAAGGUCCAGAGCUCAUGACCACAAACUCAUCUCAAACCUUGAUCUCCGUGUUGCAUGUUGUGGGCAAGAAUUGGAAGCUAGGGUUCUUGUGUCUCUUAGGGAGUAGUUGCUCUUGGUCAAUUUGGCUAAUUUUACAGGUGCCACUAUGUAAAAACUAUAUUGAUCCUUUAUCUUUGUCAAGUUGGGUGUGCUUCUUAUCAACCUUGCAAUCAGCAAUCUUGACGUAUUUCUUGGAGCCGGACUCGAAAGCUUGGAAACUAAAUUCUACUUCAGAUAUUUUGUGUUGCUUGUAUGCAGGUGUUAUGGGAUCCGGUGUAACUUUUUAUGUGCAAUCCUGGUGCAUAUCAAGACGAGGCCCUCUCUUCUCUGCGUUAUUCAAUCCUCUUUACACUGUUAUUGUUACUAUUUUAGCCAUCCUACUGCUUAACGAACAUCUAUACUUUGGAAGCCUGGUUGGUGCCGUUGCUGUGAUUAUGGGCUUGUAUGUUGUUCUUUGGGGCAAAGCCAAGGAUUGUGAGGACAGCACGAGGAUGCCACUCACAACUGAUGGAUCAUCAAAUAGCUCUGUAACAAAUAUCAAGGAACCCCUAUUAAAUUCAAAAUUACAACGAGAUGAAAAAGUUACAGUUUAGUUGCGUUAUACAUAGCUGUGUUCUUCUUCAGAAUUUCGAAGUUUACUUAACUUGUUGAUAUGCUUAGUUUUUAUUUACUACGAGGGCACUCAAGUUCUAUUGU